GGCGAUUCUGAGUCGAACGGCAACAAAAACAUGUCCGAGUGCGACGCGCUGCGAGGCUAAAGGAGCGACGGCCACCUGCAGUCGCUGCAACAAGCUGUCGGGGCGACCGACUGCUAUGUGAUUCCCAUCGUGUCGACGGCCGACAACCCAGAAAGAUGCCGCAGAAAGCACUGGGAUCCAUUGUAGGUCUUCUUUGUACCGGGACCUGUCUGGUGCAGGGCAAGGAGUUCUGUUUCGGUGUAAACAAUGAACAGUACCGCUGUGAGAUGGGGUAUUGCUGUGGAGAGACCGAGUGCUGCACCUACUACUAUGAGCUUUGGUGGUUCUGGCUGGUAUGGACCCUAAUCAUCAUGCUGAGCUGCUGCUGUGCCUACCGACACCGAAGAGUUAAAAUGCGCCUUCAGCAAGAGCAACGUCAGCGUGAGAUCAGUCUCAUGGCCUACCAGGGAGCCUCUAGUUCCUUCAUUUCUCCUCCACCACUCAAUCUGAGAUUUUGGAAUGACUGCAAGCUUCCUGACUAUGAAGAGGUAGUAGGUCACCCCCCAACACCACCACCUCCUUAUUCCGAAAACCCUCCUGAAACGCAUCCAGCCCUCCCUCCCCAACUGAGCCAUCCUCAGCCACAUGCUGCCGCAGGGCCACAGCUGCUCUCUGGGACAGAACCAGAGUUAAACAGCCAGGCCUCAGGCUCAUCAUUGGCUCAAGCAGCAGCUCCUGUGCACAUCCAGUUAGAGCAUCGGGAAGAGGAGAAUGUGGAGGCUUCAUUAUUGGCUGAGGAGGAGGAGGAUGAGGAGCUAAUCACUCGCCGUCGGCACGUAACCGGCGACUCAGGUAUUGAGGUAUGUAUUUGCCAGCUAGAUGUAGAUGAGGGCUCAGGUCUUGAGGAGGAAAGUGAUGAAGAGCAUCAAAUGUGCAAGGCCACCGGUGGAGACUGCUGCUCUGGGCACCAGCAGCAGCAGCCCUUCAGACAGAAGGAGCACUCGUCUGAGCUGCCCAGCCAAACCACCAGCACCACUGGAGACCACAUGGUGUGAUGUGUUGCUCUCCGCCUCGUACUGGGUGAUAUAACAUAAUGGCUGCUAUCAUCAUCCUCACCACAGGGAGUGUUUGUGUUUUCAUAUCAAAACUAACACAGGCAUGAUGAUGAUGAUGAUGAUGAUAACUAAUCUAAUGGCCCUUGGUUUCGAAAGGACACUUCAUGGAGUCCUAUUUGACUCUUUCUGUUUUGCUUUUUCUUAGUGGGUAAACUAGCAGACUUUCAGAUUUUCUAUCUGGUUAAUUGUGACAAUAUAAUUUGGUAGCAAAUCCUUUUUGAAUAGAGGACUAGCUAGGAGCCUACCAUCAAAAUCAAGCAAAAUGUUGUAUCCCCACUAGGACUAAGCAGACCAGAAAGCAAACCUUUUCAAACCUUACAAUCAUAGUGGUUAGACGUUUAUAGUACACAUUUCAUUAUCCCUGAAGCAGUGUGUGUAAGAAACCUAGUGAGCGUGCUGUGUAAUCUAGGGCACAGCUGCAUGGUGAUGUCAGCUCUAAUUGACAACCAGCAUCUGGUGUAAAGUCUGAGAAACUUCUUACAAAGUGACUGUACCUAGACUAUGGGGGAAUAAGGCAGGGUAAUAGAAAAACCCACAACCGGUAGUAGAGAGAGAUAUGAAUGAGCUGAAUUAGUCACCCUCCUCCUGACACCCAGCACCCUUUUCCUUUUUGAUAUCCAUACUGUGGCCUCAAGGGUUCACAGAUUAUUAUGACUGUAAUUAAGGGGUGAUCAACGUUUUGUGAUUUAUUGAUUGUGUGCACAUUCAGAGUCUGUUCUCUGACUGCAUUUUUUUGGAGAGAAAUAGCCAAAAAGGGCUACGCCACCAACAUUUCUUAAUCAAUAAAAGCCUUGUGGUGGCUUUUUGUUAGCAUGUGUGAUUUACUGUUACAGCGGAGUAGAUUGCUCAGCGUGUGUUUUGUACGUUUGUAAAGAAGGAUGUGGUUUUUCUUUUUGUUUUUGUUUUUUAUUUCAUGACGAGCUAGUUCAUUAAAUGCAACAGGUGAUAUCAUGAAUUGCAACAAAGCCGUACUAAUCGUACCAGUCAGUGGGUGUUAGUUCAGUAGGUUCGGGUUGUGUGUGUACCUUUUUUAAAGUGCUGUAGCAUCUGGUUAAAAUAUUCAGCUCUGAGGUGGAUUAAAAAUAAAACGCACUGGUAUAUUUGCAUGAAGCAUGAAUUUCUGUCUUUAAAUUUGAGUUAAUUAACAUUUUCCAGCAGCUGUGUUACUUGCAUUGCCGUGUGCUUAUUAUAACAGUGACGGGCUACACAACUCUGUACCCAGAUGCUGGUGCAGAGAAGCUCAAGCUCUAAUUUACUGGAUCUGGUUUCAUUGUGUUCAUAAAGUUUUUUUUAAUGGUGAUAUAGAGUUUGACAGCAUUGGUAGCUGGCGAUCUCCUGGCUCGUUAUGGCCCCUGUAGCUCUCGGCAGUGUGAGGGAUUUGCGAUGGUAUUUUCCAUUGUGGCAAAGGGCAAGUGCAGCAAGUUGAGGUGGAUGCAGGCGCUGCUUUGCAGUCCAUUCAGUGACGCCUGCAGCGGUUGUGAAUAAGUGCAUGCUCUCCUGUGUUGCUGUUGCCUGUCCAACAUGUUGUAUUGUAUGUGUGUGUGUGUUUGUGUGUAUAUAUCCAAAGCGUAGCAUUCAUACUGGAUGUUGUCAGAUAUGGAAACCACAGGAAAAAAAACUGAAAUUGAUUGAGAUUAAAGAGUCCGUGUCUCUUGCAGACAAAGUAUGAUCAGCUAUCUUUUUGUUUGCCUGCUCUGGUGCCGUGUGAUAAAUUGGCACAUUGUGUAACAUCUCAGGUCAGUCGUGCGGCCUCACACCAACACUCACCUGUGCUUUGUGUUAUGCUUCUCAGCAUGUGAAGAGCUUUUGAACUGUUCAACAACUCCAAAGACCUGUUAAGGCACUUCAAGGGCAAACGUUCCAUUUUGAGUUGGUCCAUGUUUUUCAGAUACCAACAUUUCAUAUCAUAACAGUUUGAACUCUGACAAGGACAAGUAGAACAGUCUUGGCAUUACCUAACGCCGGCUUCUGCUUAAAUACGUAUAAUUUUAGAAGCUGCACAGCUCAGUGGUGCAUGAAACCUACAAAUAGCAUAACCUGGAGCUCACUUGUAGAGGUUGUGUGUUUUGAGUUCUAUACUGUGAGCUGGAGCAUUUGCUGUUGUAAACUGGAAAAACAUCCUGGAGGUCACUCAGUAUGGACGCCUGCUUAAAUGUUCCCUUAAACAUUGGAUACUCACAUUAUGAACACCUUGUGUUGCCCACUGAAACAGGUGCUUAAAUGACGCUGACCUUUUCAGUAAAGCUGUUAGACUGUGAGCAUGAACACACAUUAGCAGAAGUAACACAAGGACUGUUUUUGACCAACAUGCCUCCAACUGCCUUGCUGCAUUUUUAGAGAGGAAACAUUUCUGACAACGGAGCUGCAGAGUAUAAUUCAGCCUCAGCGGGACGACAGACGUGCUACUGCCUUAUUAGAUCAGAUUUACAUAAGUGGUUUUCUUCCAGCUUUCUUUUAAUUGGUGACAUUUGUGUUGCUCUGGAGCGUGAUCGCUGCAGAGGAGUGUUUUUGGAUCGAUGGAAAAUAGCAUCUGAGCUUGCGUUUAGAAAAGUUUUUGGUCUAUAAAAAUUUCGCCUGCUCAGUGAUGUUUUACUUACUGUUCAUUGGGUUUGUACCUUAGGGGUGAUUGUUUUUAAAUUUCAAAUACUGUGUGUCUUGUUAAUUGUGGCGCUGAUGGAAUUUUUCAAGAGUAGACCGAGUUAGUGCUCAUGUAGUUUGUGGAAUAACUGGAUGGACAGCCUAUGGUUAUAUUUAUAAAUUGGAGAGUAAAAACUAUACAGAUUGCUUUGUAACCUUUUUGCCGAUGUGCAUUUUUGCUUGUUUGUAUUUAGACAGAUUAACAGACAAAGCAAGGGAAUGAGGGAUGGAGUGGGCUUUUUUUGUGCAUGAGUAAACUGGAAUUUUAUAGACUUACCUUUGCCAAACUACUAUUGCUCUUACUUUCUCAUGUUUACCGAUCCUAAGGGCUAGAACAGUCAUCGGUUGUGGUCAAGCAUUUCAUUUCUGUCGUUCAUUUAAAACCACAUUUGUCAGCGUCACGCUGAUCAGACAUUUGCAGCGUGAGCAUUGUUUGGAUUUGUCUUCUUGUUGUGGUGGAGCUCCUAUUCAAGAAUAGUUGAUUGUAUAUGACCGUGUGUUUGUUUCUAGGCUUCGACAUUGCCUUUUUUGUUUACUGCAGCUGAGGUGUGUGAUGCAACCUACCCAAACCCCGUCCAGUGGGAAACAAGUCUUCACGUUGCAUGUGUAGUUGUUACGGGAGGUUUUGCUGUGCUCCGGUGGUGCUUUGUGGACGUCCGCGCUGCACCGAGCUUGUGUCUUGGUAACAGAAACUGUAGCCAGCGCUGUAGCUGUUUGAUUUUUCUCGUCCGCACCGCUCUGUGUCGCGGACCCCUGGAAACAGGAGGGCACGGCCGCCCGUGUAGACGUGAUGACAGCGGUGGUCGUACACAGAUCGUCUCCGUUUUCACUGAGCUGCGUGUGUUUGUGUGGUUGUCGUGAUGAUGGUGUAUUAGGAUUCCCACUCUCAGGGUUAUAACAACUAGUGCUAGAGUUUUAAAUUAUUGCAUUUUCACCCACCACUCUCAGAAAGCCAAAGCAGUUGUUUCGUGAAUAUUGUCGCCCAAUAUUAACUGUACAUCACAUCUGUGUAGAAUCUUGUACUUUACCCAACUAGGCUAUGCAAAAACCUAAACCUACUGUUGUAUGCUGCGAACCCUUUCUUACUUUCAUUUGUUUGUGGACACCAGUACAAGCAAUAUCAUUCUCUGUACUUGUGGCACUGCACUGUACUGUAAUCUACUUUGGCUGGUCUGUGUAUUUGCAUUUUUUUUUUUUCAGAAAGCCUGCAUAAAUAUAUGCUUGUAAUGCUAUUUCAAUUAUGUAUGUCAGCUGGGGGGCUUUCAGUUCAAAAGCCAUUCUAGUUAAUAUUUUGUUUAGUUUUAGUUUGUCUUUUUCCAGUCUGCCUCCUCAACCACUAACACUUUUCCACAUGAAUGAGUUGUGUAAGCCGAAAGAAGAAGUUUCAUAUAAAUGUUGGGUGUUGUUGGAUGAAUUCCUUUUAGGCACAUUUAUCCGUUUGAUGCAUUUCCAUCCCUCACUUUUGUUGCACUAAUCCAGUAAGUUGUGUUUCUUAGAUUGAACAACUGCUUUCAUCUUGUUUUCAUUUUAUUGAUUCUUAACUGACUGAAAUAUCUGAAUAUUUAACUGUUGCCUUUUAAUCCUCAGUAAGUACAACACCACCAGUUUCCAAAAUUUGUAUAUACUAUACAUAUGAAAGACCUCAACAUGGAACACAGUCAGCUAGAGUUAGACCAGGACACUAGCAGAAAUACUUUAAACCACUCAUUGUCUACAAUGACACACCUGACUUUAAACCAGCUAAAAUUGGUAAAGUGGAAAAGAUCUGGAAGCACUGAAUGAUAAACUUGCUUUGGUUUUGAGAAUAUGUCUGCUGUGUACUCUUUAGGUCAUCAUAUGUAUUUUAUUUUUUUAAUAAAACAAACAUUGGCAAUAAACA